UUGCAGAUUGCCAGAUUGGGCGCUUUUUGCUGGGGCCAGGUACGGCCGCAAGCUGAGCCGCGAGGAGACACGAGGGCAGGUUGGCCAGGAGACCUGUGUUAUCAAUGCGCUAACUGAGAGAAUGGGCAUGUGCUUCGUCGGGAACAUGGCGCUGCAUUACUCUCGUCAUGGGCUGUUCGUCCAAUUUUAUGAUCUGCCAAGACCAUCCCAAUCAAGGCCGGGCCUGGCAAUAGAAUCCCCAAGAAACUCACGUACUGAGAAAGUUUCGAGGUUCUCUGGUUGCCCUGCGAAUCCGUGCAGAAGCAGUGAACAGGUGGGGAAGCUGUGUGAUUUGGUGGUGAGGAGUUGGUCCUCAAUCAGGGCUUCACACAGUUGGGGGCCACUUCAUCAAGUAAGGAAGUAUGGCGGCCCUCCGCGCGCUCCUCCUGCUGGCCUUCCUGGCUGCUGCUCAGUGCCAGACCAGCAGCAACCCCAUCAACUCCACCAGUGGUGACCCCGUAACCCCCGCCCCUGGCCCCCUCAACAACGGCACUGCCGCUCCGCUUCCUGGACAGCCCGCUACUGCCGCCCCCACUGCUCCUGCAAUGAACAUCACGCUGUACCCCGCAAACACCAGCUUUUACACUGCAGGCGUGCCACAGCAGAAGCUGUUCUCAACCCUGGGCCUCACCUCAGGUUCCCUGGAUGUGCCCCUGACUGACCCGCGCUUCGCUCCCGGGAAUGACACCAACGCUCCCGAGCAGAUCCAUCUCAACUACGGGUCCCCGACCAGUGUCGUGGUGUCUUGGGUGACUGGUACUCCGGGCUACAACCAGUCUGCGUUGCCGGCCCCCAACACGGCCGUCCCCUCGACCGUCACCUACGGCACGUCUGCAACCAGCCUGACCCUCAACGCGCCGGGAACCACCACGUACUACAGCCAGAUCUACACCGCACCCGGAGCGUUCAACUACACCUCGGCCGUGAUCCACCACGUCAACAUCACAGGCCUGACCCCCAACACGACCUACUUCUACCGCGUGCUGGGCAACACCAACGUCCCCAGCGCGCUCUUCAACUUCACCACCCUGCAGGCGGUCGGGUCCACCUUCUCGCCCUACCGCAUCGGCCUGGUGGCCGAUCUUGGCAGCACGUACAACAGCACGACGACGCUGGACCACCUGAUCGGCAGCCAGCCCAACCUAGUUGUCUUCGUGGGCGACUUCAUCUACGCCGACAACUUUUGCUCCAACGGCUCCCAGAACACCGCGCCCAUCACCGGCUGCACCAACCAGACGUACCAGCCCAAGUGGGACGGACUCUUCCGCUGGUCGCAGCCUCUGUUCAGCCACGUGCCGUUCCUGGGUGUGAUCGGCAACCACGAGAUCGAGUCCCAGAAGCCGCCCAACGCGACCGACUUCCUGCUCUUCCAAAGCUAUCUCGCCCGGACACGCUUCCCCACCACCACCUCCGGCACCCAGCUGUACUACAGCACGGACGCGCCGGGCGCGCACCUGAUCUUCCUGAACCCGUACACGGACUACAACACCACCAGCGCGCAGAUGGCGUGGCUCAUGAACGACCUCAACACCUUCAACCGCACCAAGACGCCGUGGCUGAUUGCCUUCUUCCACCCGCCCACCUACAACACGUACGUCAGCCACUUCAAGGAGGUCGAGUGCUUCCGCCUCGCGGUGGAGCCCACUCUGUACGCGUAUGGCGUGGACCUCGUCUACCACGGCCACGUGCACGCCUACGAGCGCACGAACCGCGUGUACAACUACACAGUGAACGCGUGCGCCCCCGCUUACACCACCAUCGGCGAUGGAGGCAACAUCGAACAGGUCGCCGCCAACUUCACCGACCCGCCGUCCCAAUGCCCGUUGAACACCGGCGCUUUGGUGCGUUCUGGUUUCAUUGGCAACUGCAUGACCUACCAGGCAACAGACAAUGGCAGCUACUGCCCGCUUUCUCAGCCGUCGUGGUCUGCGUACCGCGAGCCCAGCUUCGGCCACGGCACGCUCGACAUCAUCAACGCCACCACCGCCGUCUGGAACUGGCACAGGAAUCAGGACGGUAUUGCCGUUGCUGCUGACACGGUGACUUACACCCGGCCUGUCGGAACUCAGUGCUCCAAUCACCUUCAGUAUGUCAACGGAACGGAGAGUGCCGGAAAGUCGAUUGUCUCCUCGCGCAAGCUGCUUUGGGCAAAAGCUGAAGCAAGCAUCAAAAAAUGCUUCGGCGUCGCUUAGAUGAAAAUGCAUGCAUUUGGUGUAAUGCUCUGGAACUUAAAACCACUUCGGCAUCAAAUGCCGGAGGAAAGUUUUGUCCAAUCAUUAUUAUUGUCAGGCAGUUGAAUUCGGUAAGCUCAGUGCCUUUGCACUGUUUGGCAAGCCCCGGCCCCAGGAUAGAGCUCAGGCACUCUAGUAUGUAUGUAUUCACUAUCGCGCUUAUUCGUUUUUCAUUGAUUAUUCGUAAUUCCAGA